UAUUGCCGCGCCUUCCCAGCUUGGAGUGGCAACGACAGUGCAGCCUCCGAGCGUUGUGUCAUCGUCUCACUUUGCAUGCGAUUUUUCUCUUGACACAAAAAACUGGCAUGCAGACGCUUGAGGCACUGCCGAAGAUCCAACAAGUCUCGCGCUCGUAUUCGAAACAGCAUUGUUCGGAUGAAGCAGAUCCCACGUUCUGCUCGAAACACACUGGCAAAGGGGAGUUUCCGUCUCCGUUGAUCAGUAAACGGAUCACAAACAGGGAGUCCACUCUCUCGGCGAGACUGCAGCGGGACAACGACAGCAUGCAGCGAUCAUCGAUUUGCGGCUUUGCGGCUUCGGCAAUCUGCAACGGAGCAAAACAACGUAUACACGAUAUGUAUUUUUUGUGUUCUUCAUAUAAUAUGCUUCGUGACGGAACUCUCGCAAAGGCGCUAUGAAGCCUUCAAAGGCUGUAGGGACAUUGAGAGUGCGGCGAUCCAGCUGGGCGACUUUUCACUAUUCGGGACCAGCUUCGUCGAAAUUCAGUACCCCACUCCUUGUUCGUGAGAGAAGCGCACCUGUUUCGAUUGUGGUUGCUGCGAAGUUUUCUCUCUCCUUGUAGUUCGUCGCUUCGCUCCUCGGCCUUGCUGCCUUUCCUCCCGCUCCUCUUGUCUCCUGUCUCCGUCUCCGUGUCGCCGUGUCUCAGUAUUUCCCUUUCCGGUUCCACAUCCGUCUUUGGCUUUCGUCCGCACUCGUCCAGUUCCCCGUCCCCUCUCUGAGGAUGCUUUUAUCAGAUUUUCAUGUAGCGUCUCGUUCCCUCGAGUUUUCUUUUCCCGCUCGUCCCGUUCUGCGUUUCUCCCUGCUCCAAAAUGAAUCUCCUUCCCUCGAGCAUCGAAGAAUUCCGCAAGCGCUCCUAUUGGAACGCUUUUUUCCGGUCCCGUGGUGACCGAGCCUUCGAGUGGUACGGCAGCUACUCCGAAUAUAAGGCGAUCCUUGACUCCCUCGACCUGCGUGUUCCAGCGGGAGCGCGAAAGGAGCGGACCCGCGAGGCGACAGAGAGAGAGCACGGUCUUCGCGAAGGUUCAGCCGAGGCUGUGCCCACCCGUCUAGAGAAGCAGAAAGAGGAGAACGGAGAGCGAAGCGCAGCCGGUGAUGGUGACAAGAACAGAGGGUCGAGGAUUCUCCACGUCGGGUGUGGAAACUCGGAGCUGGCGGCUGAGCUGGUGGAAGACGGAUACACUUCAGUUGUCAACGUCGACUUCUCACCUGUUGUCAUUUCGAACAUGCGUCGCCGGUUUCGCCACCUCCGCUCUGCGCUUGAGUGGGAGUGUUUAGACGUUCGAAACGGCGCGCUCGUGAAGCAGUUUGGAUCUGAUUCUUUCGAUGUCGUGCUGGACAAGGGAUUUCUCGACGCCUACAUUUCUCGCGAUCCGGAACACUGUGCGGCUGCUUCUGAAGGAGGGGCGAACGGGAGGGGGAACUGCCAGUUGAGCGAGACGAACGUGAAGUCGAGCAACGCGUGGGACUACAGAGAGGAAGCUCAGGUGUAUCUCCACUCUGUGUUGAACGUGCUGAAGCCCGGAGGCGUUUACAUUCUCAUCACUCUCGCACAAGAUUACCUAGCCAAGGAACUGGUUCGGAGCUUGCACGCAGCUCCACUGGCACACGUCAAGAUUUACCCUCUCUCUCACAAGUCGUCUGUUUCUUCUUCUUCUCCCCUUCCGUAUCUUUUCGCGUUCACGAAAUCGUUGUCAGCCGCCCCUGUCGAGGGAUCAGCGUUGCAGCCGGUCAAAGGAAAACCUCCGCUAGCGUGCACCAUCGUUGCCGACCAGAGUCUCGGCUCGGCGAACGAGACAUUCGCUAUUUGGGAAUUGCCGAAGCGCGUUGUCGCCAUCAACAAGUGGAGGUUUUUCCAGUCUGCAAUUCACCACCGCCAGCCCGGGUCGCGUAGCACGGUGUCUGUACACCGGCAGAAGGCUGGGGACGACAGCGCCGCGUACUCGAUCGCCGUCUACGACCGCGUUUUUGAGGAGACCUGCGACGAGAAGAAAAAAAAGAAAGAUGCAAGAAAGACAGACAAGAAGCGCUCUUCACACAAAACUGCUGCGCUGCUUGUCCCUCUUGGACAGGAGUGUUCGUGGCUCUACGCAACUCCUGAGGGAAAUCAAGAGCUGGCAUGUCAAGCCGGUGUCUCCCGCCUGCUGGUCGUCACUGCCGGGGUCGACCAGUUCCAUGCAACUUCGGCUGGUCGAGAAGGACCGAGCGUAGGAGGGCAGAAGGCGUCUGUGUUUGAUGCCAUGAAGGAGGAACUUGCGCCAUACCUCGCGGAUCUCGCCCUGCCCGGAGGUGGCGAGAUUCCCGUCUUGGUCGUGAGCGAAGAGACGUCGGUGCAUGCAGAGCUCGCUUGCGUGCGGUCGCCUCUUGCUGGCUGGAUCACCGUUCGCGACGUCGAAUGCGAAGCGGAAAGUGACGGAAAACGGGGGGCGAAAACCGACGAAGAGACCUACGUUUGCCGGCAAAUGAUCUUCUCCUGCAACCCGCAAGCAGUCCAAUCUGAGGUCAAGAUUCGACUGCCCGCGGCGAAGAGCGAAGGCUCUCGGCCUCCAGAAUUCCUCUUUUGCCAGUCGACCUGCGCAUACCAUCUUGCCAUCGCGGCAGCUUUCGCGCUUUUGCCGGAGGAGACUCUCAGCCGGGACGCGCCGCAGAAGCCGACCCUCGUUGCGUCGCUGCUCGGCCUCGGCGGUGGUGUCUUGGCGCAGCUGCUCGUCUGUCUGUUCGGCGCCUCCUUCGAGUUGCACCUGGCGUGUGUCGACCUGGACCCGGUGGUGCUUCAACUCGCGACGCAAUUUUUCGCGUUCCACGAAGCGCCACCAACUCUCACGGCGACCGUGGACGACGCGCUCGCUUUCGUCGAGCGCCUGCCGGCGCACUCUCAAGACGUCUUGGUCGUCGACAUCAACAAUUCGGCUUCUUCGUCUGCCCUGACCUGCCCCUCGGAGGCGAUGCUGCAGGCGAACGUCCUCGAGUGCAUGAGGACCAAGCUGAGGCCUGGCGGGAUCCUUCUAUUCAACCUGCUCUCCAGAUGUCCUCAAAGCAAACGAGAAAUCAUCGGGCGCCUCACGAGCAUCUUCUCUUUUGUCUCAGCCUUCUCGAUGCCAGCGGACGUUAAUGAACUGAUCGUUUGUGGAACUGCGCCUCCCUCGCACGUCACCACACCGGCCGAUCUUCAAGCUCGUCUCGACGCCCUGUUUUCAGCAGUGGGAGAAGACUUGUCGAAAGUCGGAGCCGACGACGCCCGCAUGCUUGCGGCGGAGAAGUCAACUUGGCGGGGCUGGAGUCAAAGGUGGAGGAUUCUCGAGAACUCGAAGAGAGAAGACACAGACAUGUCAAGUACCUAACUCCGCGAAGACUGCAGAGACAAAGCGUGAAGAGCUCUCACCGUUCCUGACAAGGCAGAGACGCCAGAGACAAACACUGGGAGGAGCCGAGAGAGCCAGAAAGCAGAAAACGUUCUUUCUCCGCUCUUGACAAGCAGGCCAAGGCGAGAAACCACCCGCAAGAAGUGCAGCGAUGAUGCAGUGAAGAGCCAGCGUUUCCCCGUCUUCUUCGUUAUUUGUUUUCUUCCUUUUCUCCUCAGGAGGCGCACCCGGUCGCUGGCGUUGCACCGGAGCCCGGGAGGUAGAGGGGUGGAAAGGCAGAACGCCGAGAUCUGGAGGAGCUGCGACUUGUCAGAGUUUUUCCAUUUCUAUUUCGCGUCCAAGUCUCGGAUUUCAGAGGUCUGUGCAGAGACGUUUGUGCGUUUCUAUGCGUGUUUCUCGGAGUGUAUUGUCCGGGAGGAAAACUUGAAAAACUGAGUUCCACCCCAUUGUCUAGGCAUUCAAGAACCGAGCAUCAAACAGCACGAGGCGAAAGGAAUGGAAACGUACUCUCCGGAGUCGUUAGAUGCAGCAAAUCCGUUUCCGAUUACCACACCGGACAGUCAUUAACUGAGGUGAAAAGGACGUAAGACUAUCGAAUAUAACGGUGCGUCAUAUUCAGAAUCCUAGGCACGGCGAUAUCUGUUUGUUCAGUUGCGCAACCUGAAUUCUUCCAUUUGUUCUUUUGAAUAGCAUGAGAAUUGCGUACACGUGAGAUGACAAGAAGCAGCCCGAGAGGGAGACGAAUAGAAACCCGCGAGUCGUUGUUGCAAUAAAAAACCAAUUUAGACAACGUCUUUCCGACACGUGGAAGAUGAGAAGGGAAAACUGGAAAGAAUGCCUGCAUCAGAAAAAAGCAUCCAUGGCUCUCGGUGCAGACAUGCGGGUCUUCGCCAGGUGGAAACGCCUCACGUUGCGCGAGAGACACUUGGGGACUGAGACAAGCUCGCUUUCCUGGUCAACAGACAGUGCCCUGCAGAUACACUGCAGCGCCGACCACGAGAGCCAUGCAACUCCAACGUCCGACAGCAGUGAUGGAAUUCGAGGAACGCGGAUGUCCGAAAACGAUGAACCUCGCGCACACCUGUUUCCUGAGCAUGACUGACUUCCAAAAUAUGGCUCUUGUUGUUGGGCGCAGGUCUCUAAAAAGACCUAUUGAAACCCGCCACUUUUGGCUUUAUUGAGCAGACUGUUUGCAAGCCUGGUGACCCCUGUUACAGUUCCCGUUGAGAAGAGCCUCUCUCGAUGAGGCGGGCAGGUCUGCCACGUAGUCAAAUAUCCUGAGAUGUUCAUGUUUCUCUCUUCUUCCUCACGCAAUUCUUUCCUCCUGUUUCGUCUCUUUUCGUCGCAUCGGCUGGCCCUCAACCCUCAGCAAAUUCACCUGCCGACCGCCUCUUCCCGUCUACUUCUCAGAGGCGGUCGUGCCCAGACCCUAACGUCGCUCCUCUUUGAAAUCUAUCCCCAAAGGAAAUAUACAUUUUGAGAAGAUAUAAC